GGGAACGUAUACGACGCAUGCAGUAAUUACGUGCACGUGUGUAGGGGUAUUGGGACGCUUCUGAAGCCCAAAUUCCAAUGAAUUGAAAUAUAUUGGAACAGUCUUGGCAGAGAGCUUGAUUUUACCAUUUUCAGGGACUAGCACCUGACAGCACCUGCCACCAGCGUCGGAACGGCCGCCAUGCCGUCCCGCCUGCGCAGUCGUCGCCGUCCGGCGCCCGACGAGUCCAGCGACGAUGAGGUCACGUUCAAAAGGUCGACGGACCCCGGCGUGUGCUCCGACGACUCGGUCUCGACGGUAGCGGACGAGGCGCGCCCGGCGGCCGACAGCGGGGACGAGGCGCCCGAGACGGUGGGGCUGGCCGGCUCGCGCCAGGAGGCGGAGCGCCUGCUGGCUGACCUGGCCGCCAGCCGACGGCGCCGCGACGAGGCGCGCCGCCAGCGCGACACCGCCCACCAGCAGCGCAACCGCGAGCAGAAGCUGGACAAACAGCGCCGCCUGGAACUGGAGCUCAGCCAGGAGAUCCUGGACGACCUCGCCGCCGACGAGGACGCGCCGGAGGACGAGGCCGACGCCUCGGCGGCGCCGCCGCGGCGUGCGGGCCGCGCCGGCGUCGGCUCGCUGCGGCCGAAGAAGAAGCGGUUUCGGUACCCGACACCAGCAACCCCCGCGGGGCCGGACUUCAUCGCCCUGGCGGACGGCGAGGCGACCGAGUUUCGCGCGGCAGGCGCUGCCGGCCGUGGCGCUGCCGGCCGUGGUGAACCCGCAGCUGGCCGGCCUGCGGGAGCGGCUGCUGUACGGCGGCAGGAUCCGACGCACCUCGGCGCUGGGACUGCGCCAGCUGCAGCACAAGCAGACCGCCUCCGGGAAGUACGCGCGCCGGUGAGGCCAUAAGCCACCCUGCCCAUGCUGCUGCCGGCGGCAGCUUCAUAACCGCCCUCCGGGAGAGGCCGCUGGCGGUUCGUCCUGUGUAGAUAUCUUGCGCUUCUCAAAUACAAUGAUUUGGUACAAC